AUGAAUUAAUAAGACGAGGAUCCUAAAUAUUAGUAGCCUCACGAACAACGGAUAAAUUCUUAUUUGAAAAAACCUGUCAAAUUGACCUAAUUGGAUCCGGAGAUAAUGAAGGCAUAUUCAGAGUAGAUUGGAAAAAAUCCUCAAUAGGCUAUGCCAAAAUUGUCGUGGUGGCAAUAAUUCUUGCUUAGACCUGAUAUUAGAAAGAAGUACAAUUCAUAUAGAAGAUUUUCGAAGGAAACAUUACCUAUGUUGGUCUUUGUAGUAUUUUCAACUGGAGUAUUGAUAAAAAUGGAAGGACAGUAUGAUAAGAUGAAGUAGAAAGUAUAAAGCUCAAAGACUCUAAAGGAAAUUGAGAUUGAAUAAGAGGAUGCUUAUAUUAGAGCAGCCUUGGAAGGAAAGAAAAUAAAUUUGGACGUAACAAUUUAAGAGCCAAGAAAGGAACAAAGGUACAAGUUUGAAGACGAUGAUGAUGAUCAAAAUUUACCUGGGUUCGAUACCUAGGAUGACUUUUAUGAGGGAUUAGCAAAAGAGGCCAAGUAAGGAGGCAACAUUCCUCAGGAAUAUUAGCAAUAAUAUUUGGAAUAUUAGUUCAGAAAGAAGAAGGGAGAUGAUGAAUAAUAGAAGUCUAAGUUUGAUUUAUGAUAUAUAAUUGUAUUUAUUUAUAAUCAAAGCAACCAAUAUACAAUGAGAA